ACCUAUCUCCUGGGAAUCAUUAUCUCCAUAUGUGGGAACGUCCUCAUCAGCAUUUCACUCAACAUACAGAAAUAUGCCCAUGUGCGUCAGUCCCAGCGUGGAUCAAAGCCCUACUACACCUCUGGGACGUGGUGGUGCGGCGUGGCUCUCAUGGGUUUCGGGGAACUGGGGAACUUUGCUGCCUACGGCUUUGCCCCAGCAUCACUCAUAGCCCCGCUAGGCUGUGUGUCUGUCAUAGCGAGCGCUGUGUUAUCCGUGGUUUUCCUGAAGGAGACAGUGCGUGCCUCUGACAUUUUUGGUGGCACCCUGGCAAUAACAGGAACGUAUGUCCUGGUGAACUUUGCCCCCCACACUACCAUACACAUUACAGCCCAUCUGGUACAGUACUACGUGAUGAACUGGCACUUCCUGCUUUACCUUUUACUAGAGAUGCUUCUCUUUUGUUUCCUGCUCUAUCUGUACAAGAUGAGGAAUGUGAAGCACAUCGUCAUUGUGAUGCUGCUGGUGGCUCUGCUAGCUUCUCUGACAGUUAUCUCGGUCAAAGCGGUGUCAGGGAUGAUCGCAGAGUCAAUAACAGGCCAGCUGCAGCUCAUCUACCCCAUCUUCUACAUCAUGGGUGUCAUCAUGAUUGUCUCCUGUGCCUUCCAGAUCAAAUUUCUCAAUCAGGCAAUGAAAAUGUUUGAUGCCACAGAGGUGGUUCCUAUCAACUUUGUGUUUUUCACCACAAGUGCCAUUGUUGCAGGGAUAGUAUUUUACGAGGAAUUUGAAGAAUUGGCUUUACUAAACAUUGUUAUGUUUCUUCUUGGUUGUCUUCUGUCUUUCCUUGGAGUUUUCCUGAUCGCCCGAAACAGGCCAAAAAUAAAGCUACAAAAUCCCAAUUGUAUCUCAAUGGAUAAGAUUCCUCGGAGAAGUCACACAGACAGAGUGCAGCCCGAGGCGCAGACAUACGGACCGCUGGCUGCCAAACUCAUGUGCAACAGAGCUGGCCAAUCAGACGAUGCAUAGGACCAGCACCAUCUGUUGGGAGUGUAAUGUUGGUGGAUUUGUGUGUGAAUAAUUUUUCCUGUGAACUUGAAAAAUAUCUCUUUCGAAAAUUAAAUGGUAGGCAUCAAUUCAAACAAUAGCUGAGUGGCAUAUUGAUGGCCACAUUUGUCUUUAAAAAUUGCCUCUUUAAAUAUCAGAGACAUCUCUUGAGUUAACAGUUAUACCAGCACAAUUAACAGUAGCUGAAGAGUAUUAUCUCAUUGUGGUGAAUCAGAGUGCAACAUCAAAUUCCCUUCUAGCAAGUACAUUGUAUUUAUAAAAUAAAUCACAUGUAUAUAUUGAAAUCAAUUGUAUAAAUCUGCCUAUUUGGGAUCUGUUGUCAAUAAACAAGGACAACAUCUGAUGGUUCAAUAGUGUGUCCAUUUCAUAACAUAAGUGAAAUUAGGAACACUACUGCCCUCCAAUGGUUGGGGACCUUAAAUGACCAGGCAACUAUGAGUGCGUCAUGAUGAUCUGGGGUGAAGUGAAUAAAAGGACAAACAUAAGAAGUUCAGUAUUAGUUAUAUUAAUUAAAGUUGCUCACACAUAGCUAGCAGGUGUGUGGGAAAACUUGAGCAUGCAAGACUCUGAAACCUGUUUCCAAGAAGUAGAAACAGAACAUUUCAGACUGCAUUCCUAACUGCUAAACUUUAGUGUUGCCAAGCAACAAAACUCUUAUCUGCCACCUACACAUUAUGGGACGAGUGGAAAACCAGUGCUCAUGCAAUGCAACUAUAAAAAUAUUGCAUGAUCAUAGCAUUUACUUCUGAUAACAUAAUGCAUAUUUCAAUUAUUGAGUGUGCCGUAAA